AUUAGCAACGUUUAUCAGUUCAUUUUCACAGUUACUGGUCGGAUUAAUUGAUCGGUUGUUGGCACAGCGGGGUUUCUUGAGGAGUGCAGUGAAGCAGCGGACAAGGGCUCCUGAUGAAGGUGUGCAGGUAAUACAUUGCGAGCCUUGUAAGACGCCAUGUCUGAAGAGGCGAUUUCAGAAAGUGACCUGGAGCCCAGCCUUAACAGUGAGGAGGAGUAUUUGGAAAAUGAGGAAGAUGAGGACAAUGAGGACAUGGAGGAGGAUGAGGAUGAAAAUGAUGGAGAUGAUGAAGAUGAUAGCAUUGAACGACCUGCGAGUGCCCAGAGCAGGACAGAAGCAGCUCAGGAUGGCAGGGACUCCGCUUCAGCUACCUCCGGAGAGCCAUCCUCAGAGCCUCCGUCUCAGCCUGCGUCCCGCCCAUCCUCCAGGGCUCCCUCCAGACCUGCCUCUCGCUCUCAGCCUCCAACCAGCCCUGAAAACUCGAGCCAGAGCAAGCCGCCCUCCAGCAAAACAAAGAAACAUAAAGCCUCCAAAUCAACCAAAUCCUCUAAGUCUUCGAAAGGCUCCAAACCUUCCAAGCCAUCUAAGCCCGCACACAUGAGGAAGAAUAUCAGAAAGCUGCUCAAAGAGGAUCAGCUGGAGGCCGGGACCAAGGCUGCUCAACAGGAGGAGAUGGACAGGCGAAAGCGGCUGGAGCAGCAGAGGAAGGACUUCCCGACACCAGCCUCAACUGUCCCAGACUCUCAGCUAGUCGAAGCUGCCUCGAUUUUAGGAGAAGUAUCUCAUUUGGUCCCUGCUCUCCUGAGCAAGCAGGAUGUGAUCUGUCUGGACAGCAGUGGUGAUGAAGAUGAAAAAGUGGACCCCAAGCUGCCUGCACUUGCCAUUAGAGAUGAUAUAAUUGAGCUUAGUUCUGGGGACGAGGACGCCCUGCAGAUCAGCAGCGAGUCGGCUGAUGAAGACGUUGAUGGCACCACGGCCUCCGAGGAGAGCAGCGGGGCACACAUCAACGACGCACUGAAUCUGCCUGAUGCGCAGGGACGAGUGCUCGUUAAUAUCGGUCACCCUGCAGAAGAGAAAGACAUUUCCUCGCUCGCUCCACAGCUGGCCAGGGCUGUCAAACCUCACCAGAUCGGGGGAAUCCGGUUUCUCUACGACAACCUUAUCGAGUCUCUGGAGCGGUAUAAGACCAGCAGUGGCUUUGGCUGCAUCCUGGCUCACAGCAUGGGGCUGGGGAAAACACUACAGAUCAUUUCCUUCACUGACAUCCUCCUGAGGAAUACUGAGGCUCACACUGUGCUGGCCAUUGUUCCUGUGAACACACUCCAGAACUGGCUGACAGAGUUUAACCUCUGGCUCCCACCUCAAGAGGCUCUUUCCGCGGACACUGACCCUGCACUCGUCACCGGCCGCACAUUCAAAGUUCACAUUCUUAACGAUGAGCACAAAACAACACUGGCCAGGGCCAAAGUUGUGGAGGACUGGUCCAGAGAUGGAGGGGUGCUGCUGAUGGGUUAUGAGAUGUACCGCCUGCUGUCCAUGAAGAAGAGCUUUGUGAUGGGCAAGAAGAGGAUAAAGAAGCCCGCAGGACCAAUCAUCAUCGACCUGGAUGAAGAAGACAGACAGCAGGAACUCAUGAAAGGUAUUGAAAGGGCCAUAGCGCGGCCCGGCCCAGACGUGGUGAUAUGUGACGAGGGUCAUCGCAUUAAAAACUACCAUGCCAGCACGUCCCAGGCUCUGAAGAACAUCCGCUCCCGCCGCCGAGUAGUCCUGACCGGUUACCCGUUACAGAACAACCUGAUUGAAUACUGGUGCAUGGUGGACUUUGUAAGGCCCGACUUUUUGGGCACGAGGCAGGAGUUCAGCAACAUGUUUGAGCGGCCCAUUCUGAACGGCCAGUGCGUGGACAGCACACCUCAAGAUGUCCGUUUGAUGCGCUACCGCAGCCACGUGCUGCACAGCUUGCUGGAGGGGUUUGUCCAGAGACGAGGUCAUGAUGUGCUGCGGGACCAUCUUCCCUCCAAGGAGGAGCACGUGAUCUUGGUCCGGCUUUCUCCCGUUCAGAGGGCGCUGUAUACCGAGUUCAUGAAGCGCUUUAGAGAGGCGGGGAACAGUGGCUGGCUCGGUCUAAAUCCACUCAAAGCCUUCUGUGUGUGCUGCAAGAUCUGGAAUCACCCAGACGUCCUCUAUGAAGCCCUGCAGAAGGAGAAUCAGGCCAACGAGCAGGACCUGGACCUCGAUGACAUCACUGCAGCGAGUAACCCCCGCUGCCCUGCACCGGGUGCCGGCCUCAAAGCCAAAGUAGCGGACUCCAGCAACAGCAAACUCAACAACACCCUUCCAACUCUCAACCCCUCGCAGGAUCGAGCCAAUCAAGUCAUCACGUAUGAAUGGGCGAAGGACAUCAUGUCAAACUACCACACGGGAGUUCUGGAGAACUCUGCCAAGAUGAUUCUGCUUUUCCAUCUGAUUGAUGAGAGUGUGAGAAGACGAGACAAGAUUUUGGUGUUUAGUCAAAGUUUGUCCACCCUGACGGUCAUUGAGGACUUCUUAUCAAAGAGACCAAUGCCGGCAGGCAUCGCCUCUUCUGACAGCCAGAGCCAAAACUGGGUUCGCAACCUCAAUUACUACAGACUAGACGGGAGCACAUCUGCAUCAGAAAGAGAGCGACUUAUAAAUCAGUUUAAUGACCCAGAAAACAUCACAGCAUGGGUGUUCCUCCUUUCUACAAGAGCGGGCUGUUUGGGGGUGAACCUGAUUGGGGCCAACCGUGUUGUCGUAUUUGAUGCCUCCUGGAACCCAUGUCAUGACGCUCAGGCGGUGUGUCGGGUGUACCGCUACGGUCAGAGGAAACCCUGCCACAUUUACCGCCUCGUCUGUGACUUCACAUUGGAGAAAAAGAUCUAUGACAGACAAGUCUCCAAACAGGGCAUGUCUGACCGUGUGGUUGAUGACCUGAACCCAGUGCUGAACUUCACCCGUAAGGAAGUGGAGUCGCUGCUGCAUUUUGUUGAAGAGGAACCUGAGCCGAUCUCUGUAGAGUGGCGGGAAGAUUUUGAAGCUGUGAUGUAUGAAGCUUGUCAACUUUACCCGCACCUCAUCACCAAGCAACCUUUCCAUCAUGAGUCUCUGCUGGUGGACCGGAAGGAGUCGAAACUGACCAAAGCAGAGAAGAGAGCCGCCAAAAAGAGCUAUGAGGAUGAGAAACGAGCCUUGGUGCCCUACUCUCGCCCAUCAUAUGCCCCCUAUUACCCAACCAGUGAUCAAACGCUCACAAACAUUCCAGCAUUCAACCAACGUGGCUGGCGUCCCAUGGCACGGCCGGAUGACAAGCCUGUGGCAAGUGUCAGGCCCAUCCAGUCGACCCCAAUCCCCAUGAUGCCUCGCCAGGUCGGUAUGGGCAUGGCUGGCUCCAGCUCUGCCGGCAGCCUGCCUGUCAACUUCCUGCAGAAAGCUGGAGUUUAUGUGCAGAGGAUCGUCACCACAACUGACAUUGUCAUCCCAGGAGCCAACAGCACAACAGAUGUUCAAGCUCGAAUUAGUGCAGGGGAGAGCAUCCAUGUCAUCAGAGGAUCUAAAGGUACCUACAUUAGGACAAAUGAUGGAAGGAUUUUUGCAAUUCGAUCUGGAAAGAUCAGUCGGCCAGCAGUCAGCGGCUCUGCUCUGUCAAGAGACUCCCAGGGGUCCUUGAUCCAUCCAGGCAGUAAUGGCUGUUCAUCUCCUGUGGAUCAACAGCAGGGCUCACCCAACGGGGAGCAGCGGCCCUCCUCUCCCUUAAGCUCUGAGAUCCUCAGAGAGCUCAGCCACUACACCUCGUCCACAGGUGAUGCCGCCGCCGCCAUGGGGAAUGAAUUGCCGUCAGAAAUGUCGGCCGUACCAGGGGGGGAUGAAGGCGGCUCGCAAAACAAUCAGACUGGUGAUCUCGGCAGACAGCUCAGUGACGACCUCUUGAACUCGGCUUUAGAGAUGCGCGGCAGCAAGCGUAGGAGUACUGAAAGCCAGGGCAACACACAAGCAGGAGGUAAGCGCACUUCAGCUGCAACACGUUUCCCUGGACUGUCCAUGGGCUCCAGUGGACUCAGUUUCCCCCCCGUGGGUCUGAACUCCUCCUCCCUUCUGGGGAACCUAAGUCACAUGAGUCAUCCACUUCUGAUGGGUGGCAGCGGUGGGUCGUCAUUCCUUCAGACACCAGGACAAACACUGGCUGACCUGCAGACCAUGUUCCCCUCUGCAGGUUCAGACCUACUCAGACAGUCUGCCACAGGGAACGGACACCUCCCCGCCCCCUCCUCGUCGUCUCUGUCCACCGUUUUCUCCUCCUCUUCCACCACCAUCCCAAUGUCAUCUACACCCUCAGCAGCAACCUCUUCCUCACUGGCGCCAGGUUCUCUGCCUCCGUACUUGAUGAACCCCAACAUGGCCGGCCUGCUUUCGUCAGGCUUCCCUCUCAAUUACAGUCAGUCGCUGCUCUCUGAGCCGAGGAUGUUCUCCACCCCGCUCCUUUCUGGGUCAGGGGGGUUCUCCACACCUAACUCCAGCUCCACUACAUCCAGUUUCCUCCCCCAUUUUAACAAUCCCACUUCCAGCCUGCUGGGGGCAGCUCUGACCCAGCCGGACGUACAUCAGAGUGCGGAAAACGGCGGCAGUAGUUCUGAUGACGACGUUAUAGAGGUGACAGGACAGUAGAGACUCAAGAAGUUUUGGAUAGGAAGUUUCACACACAAUUUUAUCAAUCAUGAUCAACAUAAAGUACAUUAGGGAUGGGAAUGCUCACACAUUUACAUGACUAAAUGAACUAAAUUGAUCCUAUGAUAGUAUCUACCAUAACCUAUAAACUGGUGAUUGACGGUCAGAUCAGAAUGCCACCUCUACCUAACUGGACAUGAUGCAAACGAGUGAGUGAACAUCAGAUCAGUGGGGCCAACUUGGCGACUUUCUCGUCAUACUUAGUGAUCUUUCAUACCCUAAUAGCACCUUUGUUUCUAGAAAGCGGCCAGCGACAAAUUUCGCUACUUAUUCAGAUAAGCAGGACAAGAAAGAAGUAUUAAAGGCCCAUAUUGUUAUUCAGUCCCGUGCAUGUUGCUCAGAGUAAUCCCAGUCCACGGCUCUUUCACCACCAUCGCAGGGUCUCGCCCAUCUCUCCUCUUGUGUCGUGCAGGCGGUUAGGGAGGAAAGGAGACGCAGCUCGCCGUGGGAGUUCAGUUGUAGCGAGCUUCUAUGGUUGUGCAAAAGCUCCCCCAUGGAAGCUUGGGGUGUGACACUGUGACUGCAGCAGCGAUGUUGAAGGGUUACAGCAGAUGGAGCUAUGAAAAAGGAUGCUAUAUGGGCAAAAGUAUUGGGCCACAAUACUUACUACACAUUAUACCUACAGGAGCUUUUAUGACAUCCUCUUCUGAAUCCAAAGGCAUUUAUUUGGAGUUGGUCCCCCUUUUGCAGCUAUAACAGCUUCCACUCUUUUGGGAAGGCUUUUUACAAGAUUCAUCCAGAUUUUAUACACCUGUGGCAAUAGGACUGAAUGAAACACCUGAAUUCAAAGAUUAAGAGUUAUGGCCCAAUACUUUUGUCCAUAUAGUGUAUGUUGUGCACUGAGCUGUUGUUUGGGUGAGCUUUAGGUGCCCCAGGGUUGACUUUUUUCUGGAGGACAACCUGGACGCUAACUUUGUCCUGGCUCCUUUGUCAAAAAGCUGAUGGGAUUUUGGACUAUGGCAGAAAAUAAGCUCGAUAGUAAACAAACCUUAAUGAAAUAUGUUUUGUUUAGCAAGAUAGUCUUCACAAGUGAACAACACUUUUAGGAUUUUUGAAGUCAAAAUGUAAUAGCCAGAAGUAAAAAGGCAUUGUUAGGCUAAAACAAACUACACUACCAUGGCGUUGACUCCGCUACAAGGCUGCAAAGCCGUGUUCGGAGCAGUUCGGCGUGAUGACGUUCUGUAGUCUCAUUUAGCCACCUGUUAGCAACCGCCUUUUUAAACACACAUAAAAGCUUCAAAGUUUGCCAGUGGGGUAAUCACUGACGUAUUUUAUGUCGUGAAAUAAAAUACGAAACUCUUUUCAGCUUGUGUUAACCACAGAUCUUAUUUUAGGCUUCUAACGAAAAACUAUUUUAAAAAACCCAUUGACUCUG